AUGGCCGAUCAGAAAGAUAGAUGGUCUACCAACGCUUAUCAGCACUCAGCUUCUUUUGUCCCCAAGCUAGCAACAAAAGUUGUUCAAUGGCUUGAUUUACAGAAAGAAGAUGUCCUACUUGAUAUCGGAUGUGGAGGUAUGUACUUGAGUCCCAACUUGGACCAUAGACCUGAGACUGAUCGUCUAGAUGGCAUCUUGAAUGCCGAGUUCGCAAAGAUCUUGGCACAGGGAAGCGGUUCGAUGCAUGGAGUUGAUAGCUCCGCUUCCAUGAUUGAAGCUGCCAGAGAACUGUGCAAAGGUUCUCAGAACGCUACCUUUGAUGUAUUGGACGCUACGCAGCUUGUCUCUAAGCCAGAAUUACAAAAAGGAGCUUUCACCAAGGUUUUCUCUAACGCAGCCAUGCACUGGAUUCUCCGCCCAGAAGAUACUCGUGCUCAAUUCUUCAAGGGUGUCUACGCUUCACUGGCCCCUGGUGGUUCAUUCGUCUUCGAGAUGGGCGGUUUCGGUAACGUUUCUGAAAUGCGAACUGCUGCUCUUAGUGCUGUUGGUCGCCGCAUUGGUAUGCAAGCCGCUCUUGCAGCUGAUCCAUGGUUCUUCCCUGACGAAGCAUGGGUCACAAAGGCGCUGCAAGACGCAGGCUUCGUUGUUGAACGGGCUGAGCGGGAGUGGCGGCCAACACCAACUGACAAAGGCGGUGUUGAGGGUUGGAUUAGACUCAUGGCAAGUCAGUUCAUAGAUGCCAUUUCAGAUGAGAAGGAGAGGGAGGAAGCUGUGCAGGAAUGUGUGGGCGUGCUGAGGGAGGUCUGUCGUAAUCCUUCUGGUGGGGAGACGAUACACUAUGUGAGGCUCAGAGGCGUAGCGAGGAAGCCUGAAUAG